CGUGGACAAGGCAGGAGCAUCGGAGGGCUUUCGAGCUGCCGCUCUGCUGCUGAACAGCAUGCAGUCCUUUCGGGAGCAAAGUAGUUACCACGGAAACCAGCAGAGCUACCCGCAGGAAGUGCACAGUUCAUCCCGACUGGAAGAGUUCAGCCCCCGCCAGCAGGCCCAGAUGUUCCAGAGCUUUGGAGGAGGUGCUGGCAGUGGACGUCGUGGAGCAGCAGGAGCCUCUACAGCAAUGCCUGGUGAGAGCUCUGGCCAUCAGAGCUACCAAGGUUUCAGAAAAGAAGCAGGAGAGUUUUACUAUAUGGCUGCCAACAAAGAUCCAGUGGCGUCAGGAGGGCAGCAGCCACCUCAGCGCAGGCCUUCUGGACCAGUACAGAGCUAUGGGCCCCCUCAAGGGAGUAGCUUUGGGAGUCAGUAUGGGAGUGAGGGACAUGUGGGCCAGUUUCAAACACAGCACUCAACCCUUGGGGGUGUAUCCCACUAUCAACAGGAUUAUACUGGUCCUUUUUCUCCAGGGAGUGCCCAGUAUCAGCAGCAGGCUUCUAGCCAGCAGCAGCAGGUGCAGCAGCUGAGACAGCAGAUCUAUCAAUCUCAUCAGCCUUUACCCCAGGCUUCCAGCCAGUCUGCUUCUAGCACCUCACACUUGCAGCCAAUGCAGCGUCCAUCCACCCUGCCUUCCUCUGCUUCUGGGUACCAGUUACGAGUGGGUCAGUUCAGCCAACACUAUCAGCCACCUUCGUCAUCCUCCUCCUCCUCUUUUCCUUCCCCGCAGCGUUUUGGCCAGUCAGGACAAAAUUACGAUGGAAGCUACAGCGUGAAUUCUGGGUCGCAGUAUGAAGGGCAUGCUGUGGGUUCCAAUGCACAGGCAUAUGGGACCCAGUCAAACUACAGCUUUCAGACUCAACCGAUGAAAAGUUUUGAGCAGUCUAAGCUGCCCCAAAGCGGGCAGCAGGGGCAGCAGCAACAGCACCCACCUCAGCAUGUAAUGCAGUAUUCAAAUGCUGCCACCAAGCUCUCUCUUCAAAGUCAAGUGGGACAGUACAGCCAGACUGAAGUUCCUGUAAGGUCACCGAUGCAGUUCCACCAAAACUUCAGUCCAAUCUCUAAUCCAUCUCCUGCUGCAUCUGUGGUUCAGUCUCCAAGCUGCAGCUCUACCCCUUCUCCACUCAUGCCAGGUGGAGAAAAUCUCCAGUGUGGGCAAGGCAACAUGUCCAUGGGUUCUAGAAACCGAAUCCUGCAGAUGAUGCCUCAGCUUAGUCCUACACCCUCUAUGAUGCCAAGCCCCAAUGCUCAUGCAGGGGGAUUCAAGGGGUUUGGGCUGGAAGGACUGCAGGAAAAAAGGCUCACAGAUCCAGGGCUGAGCAGCCUGAGUGCUCUAAGUUCUCAAGUAGCCAAUCUGCCCAACACAGUCCAGCACAUGUUGCUCUCGGAUGCCUUGGCACCUCAGAAAAAAAGUUCCAAAAGGUCAUCCUCUUCAAAGAAGGCCGACAGCUGCACCAACUCAGAAGGCUCCUCUCAGGCAGAGGAGCAACUCAAGUCUCCCCUGGCAGAGUCCCUUGAUGGUGGCUGUUCCAGUAGUUCAGAGGAUCAUGGGGAAAGGGUAAGACAGCUGAGUGGCCAGAGCACCAGCUCAGACACCACUUACAAAGGGGGUAACUUAGAGAGAUCCAACUCCUCACCAGCACAAGGCUCUCAGAAUGAGCCAUCAAAACUCAGCAGCAGCCCUGCAGCUAGGGAAGAUGUGGCCUCCCCUGAUGGGAAGGAAGCUGUGGUGGCUGUGGAAAAUGCCCCAAAAGUGAAUGAAAAGGCAGUUGGGGUUAUUGUUUCUCGGGAAGCCAUGACAGGAAGAGUAGAAAAGUCAGGUGGACAAGAUAAACCUACACAAGAUGAUGCUUCCACAGCCACUCAGGCACCAGCUAGUGCUAGUGGAGCAAAAGAAGCUGGGCAUGCAGGGACGCAGCCAGAAACUCAAGGAGGAGGUAAAGGGAGCAAAAGUGGAGAUAACACUAACCAUAAUGGAGAGGGGAACAGCCAGCCUGGUCAUGCAGUUGUUGGGCCAAAUUUUCCUGCAAGAACAGAACCUUCCAAAUCUCCUGGCAGUUUAAGAUACAGUUACAAGGAUAAUAUAGCAGCUGGUAUACAGAGAAAUAUUGGUGGCUUUCCACAGUAUCCUUCUGGUCAAGAAAAAGGGGAUUUUCCAGGGCACAGUGAGCGCAAAGGCAGGAAUGAGAAGUUUCCUAGCCUCCUACAGGAGGUCUUACAGGGGUACCACCACCAUCCAGACAGAAGGUAUUCUAGGAAUGCACAGGAGCAUUCUGGGAUGGCUGGGAGUUUGGAGGGAGCCAUGAGGCCCAAUAUCUUAAUUAGUCAAACAAAUGAAUUGACCAACAGAGGCCUCUUAAAUAAAAGCAUGGGGUCUCUCCUGGAAGGCCCUCACUGGGGUCCCUGGGACAGGAAGUCUAGCAGCACAGCUCCUGACAUGAAGCAGAUAAAUCUAGCUGAUUACCCUAUUGCUAGAAAGUUUGAUGUGGAGUCUCAGUCUUCUGCCCAUGAAGGGGGAGCGCUCUCAGAGAGGAGAUCAGUGAUCUGUGACAUAUCUCCAUUAAGGCAACUUGUCAGAGAUCCUGGCCCUCACCCAAUGGGGCACAUGGGUCCUGAGGCCAGAAGUGGAAGGAGUGAACGUCUUGCCCCUGGCUUGAGCCAGUCAGUAAUACUCCCUGGUGGUUUAGUAUCCAUGGAAACAAAGAUGAAAGCUCACAGUGGGCAAAUAAAAGAAGAAGAUUUUGAACAGUCGAAGAGCUCAGCUAGUCUCAAUAAUAAAAAAACAGGAGACCACUGUCAUCCUGCUGGCAUCAAGCAUGAAUCUUUCCGAGGCAACGCUAGCCCUGGAGCUGCAGUCUCCGAUGCUGCUCCAGACUACAUUCCCCAGCAGGACAGCAGAUCGAUGCAGAUGAGACGAGCACCUGGCAGAACUGGAAGCAGCAGGGGUAAAUCACCUUCUCAAUUUCAGGAUCUUGCUGAUAAGCUGAAAAUGUCACCAGGCAGAAGCAGAGGCCCAGGGACAGAUCUGCAUCACAUGAACCCACACAUGACACUAUCUGAAAGAGUUAACAGGGGUUCCUUGCAUUCUGCUUAUCCUCAGAAUUCAGAAGGCCCAUCUUUGGCUUCAGCAUAUCACACUAAUGCUAGGCCUCAUGCUUUCAGUGACCCUAACCAGAGUUUAAAUUCCCAGUAUCAUUACAAGAGACAGAUAUACCAGCAACAGCAAGAAGAAUACAAAGAUUGGGCAAGCAGCGCGGCUCAAGGUGUGAUUGCUGCAGCUCAGCACAGGCAGGAGGGAGCAAGGAAGAGCCCAAGACAACAGCAGUUUCUGGAAAGAGUAAGGAGUCCCUUAAAAAAUGACAAGGAUGGAAUGAUGUACCUUCAAGGUAGCUCUUAUCACGAUACUGGAAGCCAGGAAGCUGGGCGCUGUGUUAUGGGGAGUGACAGUACUCAGAGCAAAUGCACCGAACUGAAACACGGCAACCAGAAGUUGCAGCAUCACGAAUCUGGAUGGGACCUGUCUCGGCAAACUUCUCCUGCCAAAAGCAGUGGCCCUCUCGGAGCAGCCAACCAAAAAAGAUUUUGCCCUCAAGAAAGCGAUGGGCAUCGACGAGAGGAAUCUACAGAUUUGCCCAAGCCUAGUAAUGCCAUGCUCAGGCUCCCUGGCCAGGAAGACCAGUCUCCUCAAAAUCCAUUAAUUAUGAGGAGGAGAGUCCGUUCUUUCAUCUCGCCUAUCCCUACCAAAAGACAGCCACAGGAUAUGAAGAACAGUGGCAGUGAAGAUAAAGGGCGACAGAUGACUUCAGCAAAAGAAGGAGCUGAUAAAACCUACAACUCCUAUGCCCAUUCAUCUCAAAGCCAAGAUGUUGGCAAGUCAGUUGCAAAGGGAGAUUCCUUCAAGGACCUGCCAAGUCCUGACAAUAGGAAUUGCCCUGCUGUUUCCCUCACAAGCCCGGCUAAGACCAAAAUAUUGCCCCCCAGAAAGGGGCGAGGAUUAAAACUGGAAGCUAUUGUUCAAAAAAUUACAUCUCCCAAUAUUAGGAGAAGUGUUUCUACCAACAGUGCUGAAACUGGUGCAGAUACCGUCACUCUUGAUGACAUCCUGUCUCUUAAGAGUGGACCUGAAGGAGGAAAUGUGGCUGGACAUGGACCAGAGACUGAAAAGAGAAAAGCAGAGAUGUCAGAUCAAGUGGGGACAGCAAGCCAGGAUACAACUGGUGAAAUAACUCUUCCAAGAUCUUCAGAAGAGUGGCAAAGCAGUGAGGAUGAUAAAACCAAGAAAGAGGUCCCUGAAACUGCCAGUGUUGGUAAAGAAGGAGCAGGAUCCAGUGCAGCACCACUACCUUCUCAGAAGUCAGGUGGUCAGGGAAGGUCUGACGGAUCUGUAAGCGGAGCUGGAACUCUGACCUUUUCCGACUCAAAAACAAUUUCCCCUUCUAGUGUGUUUACUUCUGAACCAAAUCCAAAGUCUGAGGAAAAAGAUGGAGAUGUGACAAACAUUUCACCCAAGCCAGAUGGUUUCCCUCCAAAGGGAUAUUUUCCCUCUGGAAAGAAAAAGGGGAGGCCAAUUGGGAGCGUGAACAAGCAGAAGAAGCAGCAGCAGCAACAGCAGCAACUGCCACCACCACCGCCACCCCCACCAGUACCUUCCCAGUCUUCAGAAGGGGUAGGUGGUGGUGAGCCAAAGCCGAAGAGGCAAAGGAGGGAGAGGCGAAAACCUGCAGCACAGCCACGGAAGCGGAAGCCUAGACGGGCUGCUCCGAUUGUGGAGCCUCAAGAACCAGAGAUCAAGCUUAAAUAUGCUACCCAGCCUGUAGAUAAAACUGACUCCAAGAAUAAGUCCUUUUUCCCUUAUAUUCAUGUGGUAAACAAGUGUGAAUUAGGCGCUGUGUGCACAAUCAUUAAUGCGGAGGAAGAGGAGCAGAACAAAUUGGUGAGGGGUCGGAAAGGACAAAGGUCUUCAACACCCCCUCCUAGCAAUGCGGAGAGCAAAGUGCUGCCCACCUCAACUUUCAUGCUGCAGGGCCCUGUAGUAACAGAGUCUUCUGUCUUAGGGCAUCUGGUUUGCUGCCUGUGUGGCAAAUGGGCCAGCUAUCGUAACAUGGGUGACCUCUUUGGUCCUUUCUACCCCCAGGAUUAUGCAGCUACCUUGCCCAAGAACCCGCCUCCAAAGAGGGCCACAGAAAUGCAGAGCAAGGUCAAGGUACGACACAAAAGUGCUUCUAAUGGUUCCAAGACGGAUACAGAAGAGGAGGAGGAACAGCAACAACAGAAGGAACAAAGAAGCCUAGCUGCUCAUCCCCGCUUUAAGAGGCGGCACCGCUCUGAGGACUGUAGUGGAGCCUCUAGGUCACUUUCAAGGGGAGCUUCUUGUAAAAAAGCAACCACUGAUGGUGGCAGUGGUGGUGAAAAGACUCCUUUGGACUCAAAACCCUCUAUGCCCACUUCAGAAGGUGGCACUGAGCUGGAGUUACAAAUUCCUGAACUACCUCUUGACAGCAAUGAAUUUUGGGUCCAUGAGGGUUGUAUUCUCUGGGCCAAUGGGAUCUACCUGGUCUGUGGCAGGCUCUAUGGGCUGCAGGAAGCUGUGGAGAUUGCAAGAGAGAUGCUUGAGAAAUAUUUUAAUCCUCAUACAUGGAAAGAAGUCCUUCGAACCUGUUUCCUAUGUUGCUUCUGAUUACAAGGAUCAUCUUGGGUUUCAGUCAGGAGAACUUCAGAGUAACAAGCGGUGAAGGGUAAAAUCUGCCCAUGAUCUACCGUAUAAUGGAAGGAGAUUCUGGGUUUUCUCUCACCAGUCUGGAAUUUUGUCUGUCCAACUCUCCAUGGAUUAUCUUUCAAAGCCUGCUACUUACCUGAAGAGGAGAAAUCUACCUGCUUUAGGACUGUUAACAAGCCUGUUCAGAAGGUCAGACUGACUUUGGAGAAAGUUCUUAAAAACCACAUAUGGGCUUACAGAAGUCCGGAACCUAAAUGCAUGUCUCUUUCUUUGCAAAUUUAUACUUAGAUAUUUGAAUUUUUGAUUACUGUUGGGCAGUGGCAGCCUUCUGGCUCAUGUUGAGUGUGCCUUUGUUAGUUGGUAGGACUGGAGUUAGGUUUACAUAUACUAUCCAGAUUUCAUGGCGAGCAACUUCUGGUUUCUCAGAGAGAAGUUUUUCUUGACCACUUAAGACUCCUGAUAGUUGAUCUCCCACAGUAUCUUAUCUGUGGAAAUCUGUACCAUAGAAGAAAUAAGGAUUGCCUAUCUAUAAUAUUUUGUUUACUCUGUUGCUUUCAUAGAACCGUUUUCUUUUGUUCACCAUUCUGGAGCCUAGCUGUAAAUUGGGUAAAGAAAGGUGCCUAGAGGGAUCACUAGGAAUUAAGCUACUUAUAUUCUCAGAUUGGGGUAAUCAAAGCAUAACAAAAAUGCUCCCACACUCUAUAAGUAAUUGCUUUUAAAAGGUUCCUGACUGUGUGGCUAAUCAAAUGUCUAAGCUAAGGAAUCAGUAUGAACUGAGAAAAUUGGUGGAAGGUUAGCCACCUCUGGGAAAAUAAAGCAAAACAGCUUCUAGCCCCAGAAACCUGAGUAGUGUAGCACCAUGAGCCUAAAGGUGUCAGUUUAUUCUGAAUGUCUCCUUUGGCAUAGGUGUGCUUUGUUAGCCCUAAGCCAUGCUAGGAGUGAGUUGCUGUCAAGAGGAGUGAUCCUACUUCAUCCUCUUCGCAAGCUGCUUGCUCCCACUGUUUCUCUUGUGCUCGAUCUACCAACUGUGCAUUUGCAAAGUGCAUUGAUUUUUAGCUAGCUAAUCAAUCAGAAAACUAGCUUGGAGUGGGGGGAUCUUUGUGCCAGGUUAGCCAUCUGAAACCACUUACUCUCUGAACCGUUUGCUGCAUCUGACAGGGGAGGGCCCUUUCCACUGGUAAUUAUAACCAUUAGAUCAAGUUAGCUGUAACACAAAAUUGUGCCCAGGUGACACCACUGCUUGAAAGUGUUUUAGGCCCAUGGUGCUACUCUUUCUAAGUGUUGGGAGAUGAAUGCUCACCUUUUACUCGUUAUAGUUCUUUUUAAAGAAGAAAAAUGUGCAGAACUUGACUCCCCCCAUACCCACCCCCAACCCAAAAAAAAAAAAAAAAAAAAAGCCCCUCAAGUGAAGUUCUGCAUCAGGUCAGGGUUCAGCUGAAAUAACAAUCUGCUGCUUCAAGACCACAUGCCUGACAAACACAGGAAGGGAAAACCUGUGUUUCUUACACCUGGACCUGUAAUAGUAGGGAGAAAUUUCCAGAGUAGGAAGAAGUGACACUGGAGCUUGUUAAUUUUUCACUGUGGGGAAAGGGAAACCAGUAAUGAAUUUAAAACCUGCCUGUUAGCAGUGGCUGAAAAAAAGGGGUGUAUUGAGAACAUUGCUUAUUUUUAUCUCUGGCAACAGCUUUUAGUAUGCUUUAACCCCUCAAGUGAGGAGUGCCACAGAGUGUCGAGGCAUCUUCCACAGUUACCCUUAGAGUGGUUGACUUCUUGGUUUUCAUUGAUGGACUGUGUCCAAACACCUAGUUGCCUGAGCUGGAAAUGUGCUUGCUCUUUCUUGAAGACCGUCCUUAGUACAAUUAAUUUAACAUUCAUUUUCAUUCCUUGGGAAAUUGCAGCAUCUUUAGUAUUCUUCCGCAGUGUUACAAAAAUAAGGAAGCAUGAAAUUUUGGGUGGAGAAGAAAUUCUGAAAGGCAGGCUGAAUAAUGAACUUCAGAUUUGGUUUUGUUAGAAAGGCGUUGCCUUCUGCUGUGCUACUGAAACUCUCUGUGCUGUCAUGACUCCUGGUCUGUAAGAGUGUGCUGCCACAGAGAUGAGAACCUGGUAGGAGCCCAUGUUGUAUCUCAGUUCAUUGCCUUCCUCUGGUAGGGACCUAGAAGCAUGAAUGACUAGUGCUACAGCACUUUGUAGCUCACAGCAGUUCUGUAUAUUGCUAUCAACAAGCCUCGAAUGCCGAAGAGGUGAGCAGAUAGAAUCCACACCUACGUUUCUGAUGCAUAUAUUUCAGUAUCUUGUGUGAUUGGAAGCCAUUAAUUACAUUUGUGAAAUGAAGCUGGCUUUCCUUGGCUUUAUUGUGAGUAGAAAUCAGGUAAAACUGGUGCAGCGUAUUGAUGAUCAUGGAUUGUAGAUGGCAGGAAGUACAGUUUAGUUGAGGUCUUAAACAUAAAUAGAUAUUGGGAAAAGAGGAAAGACUUUUCCAGUGUCGACCUUUUGUAUGGGGGCAGAGAGAAGAUGAAGCAUAGGCAGGGAAUUAAUUUCUGUGCAUCUUUACUAGCAGACUCCUUUGCUGUUAGUUUAUCCCAAAGUAUGGGCAUUAUGUCAGCGCUUGCAUGUGGUUUUAUAUUUUACUGUUUGUCUAGCAUGUGGAGUGAGGAAAGUGGAAAACAGAUUUACUGACAAUAGAGCAUUGGGAAAGAACAGAAUGUUUAACCACUUGCGUUAGUUGUAGCCAGGAGCACUGGAAGGCAACUUGUAUGUAAAAAGGAGCUUGCUCAUGCCACAGUUGUGGCCUUUCCAUAAAGCAUCAGGGAUCCUCAAAAUCUAUGUACAGUUUUCAUUUAAAAAUACAUUUAAGUAACUUUAAUUUCUAAGAAGCUCUUCCAAAUGUGAAUCGGGCCUUCUCUGUGCAGGAGAUUUCUAAACAAAGCUUUAGAGCUUUUUGUCUGGCUAUCCACAAGCUCACACAAUCCUUUUUUGUAAGAUUUAGGUUGCCUGUUAGUGUAGAGAUGCCAAACUCUUGCUAAAUUCUCAAUAGCAAGUGAAUACAAUCCAUUUAUGAAUCAUUUUAGCCUGAAUCUUUUUAAGCUGUGCUGGCAGAAAGGUUGUUAAGAUUCCCCAAAAUUGGGGAGGAGGGUUGUUGUGCUGUUUGUGUUUUGUUAACUUAAACUGAACUCAUUUUUUUUUAACUUGGACUAAUUCCAGAUGCUAGUCACUUGAUCUUUAUCCCCUUAACUUCAUUAGAAAAAUGCUGCUACCAAAUAAGUGUUGAAGGGCAUUCAGGAACUUCAGAAGUUUAUUCUGCUCCAUGCCUCUGUGUUUAAAAAGCCCUAUAUUUGAUUACAACUAGGGAAAAAUGAAAACCUUAAAAAAUAUUUUCCCUGAUUUUGAAAAAAUAUUUCUUCUUAAUCUCUCUUUGUGUGUUCAGUUUGAUAAGAGGUUAAUUUAUGGAGGUAGGAAUUCAUAACUUUGUUAUAUAAUAUUGUAUGGAUUAUUAGAAUUAUG